AUGUCUGACUUUUCUUCUAUCGCCGCACAAUUUGUCACGUUCUACUACCAGAACUUUGAUACCCAGAGAUCCAACCUCGGCUCUCUUUACAGAGAGAACUCUAUGCUGACCUUUGAGAGUUCUCAGCACCAAGGUAUCGCUGGAAUUGUUGGGAAGCUCACCUCCCUCCCCUUCCAGAAGGUUGCCCAUGAAAUUUCCACCAUUGACGCCCAGCCUGCUUCUCCUAACGGUGACAUUAUUGUUCUUGUCACUGGUUCUCUUCUUGUUGACGACGAAAAGAACCCCUUGAAGUACACACAGGUCUUCCACCUUGUUCCUGAGAAUGACAGCUACUUCGUCUUCAAUGACAUUUUUAAGAUGGUCUAUUAA